AUGAUAGAACGCCUCCCAAACGCACCUGGGAAGUCUCCUGAAGGCAAAUUUGGAUUCCAUGUUACCACCCAUCUUGCAAAUGUUCCUGUUAAUAAUACGUGGAACGCCUCAUGGGAAGCCUUUUGGGCUCAGCAAAUGAAGUCCCUCCUUGACCGUGAGGAGGACGUACGCGGGCACAAUGACGAGUUGUCUGCCCUUAAGGUAGCUUUCUUCGAGAAUGUUAUACCGCGUCUGCUACGCCCUUUGGAAUCAGGCGGAAGAAGGAUAAAGCCGUGCCUUGUCCAUUCGGACUUAUGGCCAGGAAAUAUCCAGCACAGGGCAGAGGGGAGCAACCUUUGCCUUUUUGACAGCUGCGCCUACUGGGGACACCAUGAAGUCGAUCUUGCUAUUUGUCGAAACCCUCGAUAUCGCUUGGGCAGGGAUCAUAUAGAUGCGUAUGCGAGACGCAUGCCGGAAUUCCCAUCGCACCCGAAAGAUGAAUUCGAUGAUCGGAACGCUUUAUACGCCUUGAAAUUCCACGUCCUCCUCUCAAUCAUGUACCACCAUGAACCUCGCUAUAGGCAGAUUGCCAUCGAUGAAAUCCGUCAGCUCGUUGAGAAAUUUCCCAACGGGUACGCAGAUUAUGAAGCAAAGGCCGUCCAUGAACCUGAGCUCAUCGAGAGUCCCACGCUCCUGGACGUCGCACCGCGCUUCACAAAAAGUGAAGUCGUGAAGACAGUGAAAAAGCCGAUGCCAACUGAAAAGGCGGAACACCAACACGUGAAUGAUGACAAAGAGGCUCAAGCAGCGCCGGCGGAGUCUCACAUGGAAGAGCCGGGGCGGAAUUUCCUUGGCGAAAUUUCCGAAAAUCUUCCGCUUCUAAUAUUUGCGGGUUUUUGUCUUCUAGUAGUUCUAGCUGCCUACUUUUUGGAAAUUCGCGUUUCUGUUAGGGCAAGGGCCUAG